UUGCUCCUUCCUUUGGCCGUGUUUGAACGCUUGUACUGUCGUACCCUCACUUUUUCGACAGUUCUUCAGUUCGAGAGCCCAACUGCAACCAUGAGCAAGGUUCCAGCUAUCCUCAACGUGACCGAGCAGGAAGUCCAGGCCAUGCUGGCUGCCCAGUCCCACGUCGGCACCAAGAACUUGGACAAGCAGAUGGGUCCCUACGUGUGGAAGCGUCGUAAUGACGGUAUCCACAUCAUCAACAUUGGCAAGACCUGGGAGAAGAUUGUCUUUGCUGCCCGUAUCAUUGCUGCCAUUGAGAACCCCGCGGACGUUUGUGUCAUUGCGGCCCGUCCCUAUGGUCAGCGUGCGGCUUUGAAGUUCGCCCAGUACACUGGUGCCCAGGCUAUUGCUGGUCGUUUCACCCCCGGUACUUUCACCAAUUACAUUACCCGUACUUUCCGUGAACCCCGUGUGCUUCUUAUUACCGACCCCCGUACCGACCACCAAGCCAUCAAGGAAGCGUCCUACGUCAACAUCCCCGUAAUUGCUUUCUGUGACACUGACUCUCCUCUUCGCCAUGUCGAUGUUGCCAUCCCCACUAACAACAAGGCGAAACACGCCAUCGGUCUCGCUUACUGGCUUCUUGCCCGUGAGGUCCUUCGCCUCCGUGGCACCAUUGCGCGUACUUCUCCUUGGGAGGUGAUGGUUGACAUGUUCUUCUACCGUGACCCUGAAGAACAGGAGAAGGAGGCUGAGGCUGCUGCUGCUACCACUGCUGCCGCCGCCCCUGAGAAGCCCUUCGGUGCCGAAUACGGCGGUGAGUGGGGAGCUCCCGCCGCUCCCGAUGCUGCCCCUGCAAACCUUGAGUGGGAGGCCAGCGGUACUGGUGUUGCGGAUGUUGCUGGUCUCGCCUCUGCUCAGAUCGAAAGCGGUGACUGGGGAGCGUCUACCGGCGAAUGGGGUGCUGAAUAA